CGGCGGCCGGCACAGUCCGGUGCUUCGAGGCCUCCCGUUCACACAUCCUCAACAUGAACUCUCAGGUGCUGUCCGUCUGCCUGGCGGUGCUGGCGGUGCUGGCGGCGCUGUCGUGCGCGUCGGCCCAGCAGCGCUACCCGCAGAUCCUGCGCCUGAGCAGCGACGUGAGCCCCGACGGCCAGUUCCAGUACGCCUACCAGACCGAGGACGGCAUCAGCUCCGAGGCCCGCGGCACUCCGGUGCGCUCCAGCUCCAGGGACGCGGACGGCGCGGACGGCCCCGCCACCGCCGUCACCGGCCAGUACUCGUACACGGGCCCCGACGGCCAGGUCUACACCGUGUCCUACGUGGCCGACGAGAAUGGCUACCGCGCGUCCGGCGCCCACCUGCCGCAGCCGCCGCCCGUCCCCGAGGCCAUCCAGCAGUCCCUGCAGCUCAUCGCGCGCAGCUCGGCCACCUCGAGCAGCGACAGCUUCCAGCCCCUCCAGCAGCGCGCCGCCCCCGCCUUCCAAGGCUUCCAGGCCUUCCAGCGGCCGCAGCCCCAGGCCUUCCAGCCGUUCCAGGGCUUCCGCCGCUUCUGAUUCGUCCGCCUCCCGACUGUGAUAUCGCGCGCUGCAUCAAUAAACCAUCCUCGCCUUUUGCAUACCAUUUAGCCUUCAUGUCUUGUCUCUUUACCUCAGUUCGCCCGUCUAUCGCGGAUGGCAUACCCUAUCGAGUGGGUGUGGGUAGGGUAGUGGGAUCAUUCGUUUGCCAGAAAUUGCUGUCCUUUGAAGGAUUUUGUUCUUUUCUCUAACAUGUCAAUUGUAACCCAAAUGUUUGAUACUUGUUUGUACUGCUGUCCUUUACCUCUUGACAGUAGUUUGACCAUACCGGCAUUUUUUGACCAAAAGAGGUGCAGGUAAAUUUAGAGGGCGGGCUCAGUGAUCAAUCCAAAUUAAUUGUUUGUCUCAUAGGACUUUAUUUGUCUUCCUCCACAAACAGUUUACACAAUCCAUAGUUUUCAAGCCCACAAAUCUCAUUUUGCAACUUAGACUUAUGUGCUAUUGAACAGUUUUCAUUAAGACUGUUCUUAAAAUAGAAUGAACUUAUAUCAUCACAUUCAUUGUUCAGUUUAUGAAACAGAAAGGAGCCUGCCGAGUAACAGAAAACUGGUCACAGUUCCUCACAGAGGACAUUCAGUGUCAAAUGAAGAGAUUUAGUCUCUACCUUGAAACACUGAGGGCUUUGAACAAGAUUGAAACGCCCACCACAAAAAAAAGCAAAAUUGAAUGCUAAAAUGUGGUUGAAUGAAAUCAGUAUCCCUGGUAGAGUGCUUUUUGAACACUAUCACUCUUCAUUUAUCUCAAAUCUCAAUAUACAUAUGUAUAUUAUAAUAAAUAUAUUACAUCAGAAACACUUAAUAAAACAGAAAAUAAGCUUAAC